AUGGGAGGGGAUAUUGGGGGGGGGGUAUGGGGAGUGAUUGGGGUUGGUGUGGUGGGGGGGGGUGUUGGGGGGUGGUUUUUUUGUUUUGGGGGGGGGGGGGGGGGGGGGGUGGUUUUGUGUGUGGGGUGUGUUGGGGUUGUUUGUAAAUGUUGGUUGUUAUUUGGGUUUUGGUGUUGUGUGGGUGGUUUGGUUUGUUUGUUUGGGGGGUGGUGGUUGUGGUUAUAUGUUUUUGUUGGGGUGGUUGGGUGGUGGUUUGGGUAUUUUUGUUGGGUUUUGGUUGGUGGGGUGGGUUUGGGGUGUGUUGGGGGUGGGGGUGGGUUUGGUGGGGUGGGGUGGGGUUGUGUGUUGUGGGGUGGGUGUGGGUGUUUGUGGUGUGUUUUGGGUUUGUGUUGUAUGUGGGUUUUGGUUUUUUUGUUUGGGUGUUGGUGGGUUGUGGUUUUUGGGUUUUUUUGUUGGUUUGUUUUGGGUGGGGGGUUUUGGGGUUGGGGGGGGUUGUGUGGGGGGGUGGUUUUGUUUGGUGUUUUUGGGGGGGGGGUGGGUGGUGGGGGUGGGGGGUAUUUUUUGAAUGGUUUGGGAGGGUGGGGGGUAUGUGUGUUGUGGAUGAGGGGUGUUGGGGGUGGGGGUAUUAUGUAUGUGAUUGUGGGUGGGUGUUUUAUGUGUUGGGGGGUGGGUUUGGGGGGGGUGAUUGGGGUGAAUGGGUGGGGGGGGGGGGGAAGGGGGGGAUAUUGGGGGGUUGUUGGGGGUGUUUGUGGUGGUAUUUUUGUGUUGGGGGAUGGUGUUUUUUUUUUUGAGGGGGGGAUUUGGUGUGGUGUUGGUUAUUUGGUGAGGGGGGGGUAG